AUGAACAAAGGAAUAAUAACAUUAAGCAUGAAGUCAUAUAUUGAAAAAUUUAAUGAAGAUUUUCCACUACUAAAACAGAAAGACCAUAAUAAUAAUUUAACAACUGAACAAAAGAAAAAUCUAACGCCUCACUUUAGCGAAUAUAAUUUAAAUCCAAAUGAAAACACACUGUUAAUGAAUAAAAAAGCAUACAAAGAGAGGGUUAUGUGUAUACAAAAAUGUAUUGGAAAGCUAAAUUACUUAAAAACAAUAGGUAGACUGGAUCUGGAAUUUGUAGUGACUAACCGGUAUUGUUAA